AUGUCCACGACGUCAACAUCAUUGCAAUUCUCCACAUUUGAUUGGACCACGAUAUCUUCAGCCAACGACCUCAACUACGAGAAAUGCUACGAAAAAUUCGAUUGUAGUCGUUUAACCGUUCCUUUGGACUGGAACAACUCCUCAAGUCCGCACAACAUUUCCCUGGCGAUCGUGCGGUUACCGGCAAAAGUCCCAGAAUCCCACCCUGACCACGGCGGCACCAUCAUCACGAACCCAGGAGGUCCUGGCGGGUCGGGAGUUCAACAGGCUCUUCAGAUCUCACAGCGCCUUCAGAAUCUUCUGGAUGGCCCCAAGCACUAUGAGAUUCUAUCUUUCGAUCCUAGGGGCAUUUUCCACAGCAAGCCGAACGCAUAUUGCUUCGACUCGGCGGUUGAGAGCGAGAUCUGGUAUGAGCAGAAGCGAGCGGCUGGUGGCCUGGCCGAUGGGGAGUAUCCACUGAAGUACAACUGGGCUGCAGAGCAAGCACGUGGCCAGCUUUGCGCGAAUACCGAGAACGGCAGGUUUGAAGACGGCGAGAACAUUCGCCAGCAUGUAUCGACCGCUUACGUAGCGCGUGAUAUGCUGGAGAUUGUCAAGAAAGUUGAUCAGCGUAGGACUGCGAUCUUCCGCCGUGACAACCAAUUUCCUGUGAAAGCGGACUUUUCUAAGUCUACCCCGAAGCUUCAGUACGUAGGCACGUCUUACGGCACAUUCUUGGGACAGACAUUUGCUGCGAUGUAUCCAGAACACGUCGGACGCAUGCUACUGGACGCCAAUUUGGAUCCUGACAACUGGCAAAAUCGGUACGAGGCCAGUAUUGACGAUCAUGCUCAGAUUCGAGAAAUCUUCUUCGAAACCUGCUUCGCUGCUGGGUCGAAGUGUGCAUUCUAUCGUGAAUACGACAAGAGCUCAGACGAUAUCAGAGCGCGAUGGGAGAGCUCAAGCGAAGCACUUCAACGUGCGCCUACGUAUGUGACUGGAAAAGGACGAGCUACCCCAAUUACUUUGGACGAUGUUCGACACGGCUUCUUUAUCGCUACCUACCAACCCCUGUUCUUCUUCAAGAAGAUUGCCAAGUACCUAAACGAUUUGAUGACCGACGUCAACCCUGGUCCGCCUUUUUGGCAGCUUCCUAUACCUACUCAGGAGUCCUUCAACGAUGAACUUCUCAUCAACAGGUACAUGGGAGGCGAAGUCGGCCCUGCUGUUCAUUGUAGUGAUGGACCUUAUCUGUACGACGAGCAACUUGAAGGGUUCAAGACCUACCUCACCAAUUUGACUGAAAGAUUUGGAUGGGGCGGUGCCAUCCAAGCUGACUACAAGAUUUCUUGCUGGACAUGGCCUGCUUCGUUACGAACGAAGUGGCGAUACGACGGACCCUUCAACUCAUCAGUGCCAAUUCUUUUCGUCAACAACAGGCUGGAUCCAGCAACUCCAGCCAAGAAUGCGAAGAAGAUGGCAGCCAGCUUUAAUGGCAGUGUAUUCUUGGAGCAGAACAGUGCUGGCCACGGAGCUCUUUGGCCGGCGUCAGAAUGUAUGUGGCAGCACGUGAAGAAAUACAUGGUGGAAGGCAAGCUUCCUCCUCCAGGGACGGUCUGCGAGCCUCUUUGCAGGCCGUUCGAGGAUAAAUGCGAAGACAUAGAUGCUGAGAACUAUUGGCUGUUUGGAUGA